UCCACUAGGCGCCAAGCUGAUUUACCCUCUCUCCCGUGCGUCUCUACAAUCUUUCUUAUCUACUGUGAAGCUGCCUCAACUUCCCUUGCAUAUGCCAUUGUAGCAUUAUCGCCGCCAUUUUUCCACCCCACCGUGCGCACAGCGACGCGCACCAGCUCUCCCACGAACCCCUCCGCCGGCUACACGCCUCUGCUACCCGCAAUGGCUGACAACGCUCCCGGCAGCGCGCAGCCGUCUUCGGCCUCUGGCUCAGCAGCACAGCAAAAGAAACGCAAACACCGUGGCGGCAAGAAGCAGAAGCGUCGCAAUCGUCGCCAGUCGUUUGCUGCUGUUGGCGAAUCCCUCGAGAACGAUGCCGCGAGCGACAUGGCUGACAACCCGCGUCCCAGUCUGAACGAAGUCAAUGAGCACUCUUCCCGCGCCAACUCCAGUUUCUACCGGCUGCGCAACAAGCGUAGCAAUGACAGCCUGGAGAGCGAGGCUUUGCUGGACCAUCGAGAUCAACCUCCGUCCCUUCAGACUCGUCGCCAAAGUGUACAGCAAUCGUCCCAUCUACUACAACCGCGAUCCACCUUACCCUUUGCAGACUCCCCGCAGCACCGCUCCAAUCGCUCCAACAACCUCUCAUACCAGCAGGAUGGCGAUGAUGACGAUCACGAUGACGACGACCGCACCCCGCUGAUGGCCAGUUCGAUGCGGGACAUCAGAAGCGGUACCAGCUAUGGUGGCACCGGCGCUGCCUCUCGUCCACGUAGGAUGAGCCUGUCCAUGUCCAUGUCGCCCAAUGUGGCCAUGCAACAUCAUUCGCAAAACAACAUGGAUGAUUACGAUGUCAACAAUCCACCUUCGGUGCCAGGCAGUCCGGUUCUAGGCCCCGAGACCCCGUAUGAUGAUGUAAUGUUCAACGAUAAUCUGGAUCACGGCUCUCAUUCCCCCACGCCCCCAGGUAGCAGAGGCCGGAUGCGCGAUGUUCUUAUCGAUAUCGAUGAGGAACCUCCCGCCAAUUCAAGUGCCAAAUCGAAAUCUGCCUCCCCGCCCGCCCCUGGCGAUCUGCGGCGCCGCAUGACGGUGAUGCAGGCUGCUGAGGAUGUCUGCUUUCCCCAAGAAGAUAUGUCCGAGAUCGGAAAUGAAGACUACAUGAGCCGCCAAGACAAUGGGGAACCGCGAGGACGCCGGCGUCGACGACGUUGGCCCGAUUUGAAUACGCUCGAGGCCUGGUCUCAGGAGGAAAAGGAGCAGCGUACGCUGGAAGGCAUGCGUGCCCGUAAGAUCAACGAACCCCUCAUGGUCGACGGACGACUCCGCCCACAAAAACAUGCCUGGCAUCGUAAUGCCGACGACGCUCCGUAUCGCUUCACCUACUUCAAUGAAGAGUUUGAAAAUACCAUACAUAGUCAGACUAUAAGCGAGCUUGUGCAGCCCGGUCAGACGUUCCGCAAUCUUUUUAUUCCUGAUCCGCCCAUCGUCGAAGACAGUACGGAUGAUGAGACUGACACUGAUGAAGAAUAUAUACCAAUGUCGAGAGAGAAUACUCUCGAUAGGAGGUCAGGCAUGAAUGGCUACUCACGAUCGAGCGUACAACCGCCACCUGUCAAACGAGAACUUAAGCAGUCAUCUUCGGGCGAACAGACGCGGUCUAACACUCCUGGUCGUACUCCUGCCGACACACCACGCGCAAUCAUAGAGAAGCCUAAACGUUAUGGCCCUAGGCCUGCUUUCUGGUUGGAUGUUUUAUCGCCUACAGACGCUGAGAUGAAAGUGAUAGCCAAAGCAUUUGGCAUACAUCCGCUCACGGCUGAAGAUAUUCUCAUGCAGGAGCAACGUGAGAAAGUUGAGUUGUUCAAGAACUACUACUUCAUCAACUACCGGACAUUUGAACAGGACGAGAAUAGUGAGGACUAUCUUGAGCCCGUCAAUUUAUACGUCGUCGUCUUCCGGGAGGGUGUGAUUAGUUUCCACUUCUCCAUGACGCCACACCCGGCCAAUGUGCGCCGUCGUAUUCGUCAAUUGAAGGACUACUUGAUUCUUUCUCCAGACUGGAUAUCGUAUGCAAUUAUCGACGACAUUACAGAUGCAUACGCGCCACUCAGUCAACGCAUCGAGGAAGAGGUCGAUGAUAUAGACGAGGCUGUUUUGCGUUCUUAUUCGAUCGAAGAGGAGCAAGAAAUGAAGAAGCAGAAUUUAUCAUCGUUCAAUACAUCAUCCUUUGGAGGUCCUCGUUCCGAAAAAGACCCAGAUGGUGCCAGACCGGCGCAGGAUGGAGGUCGAGACAUGCUGCGACGUGUGGGCGAAUGCAGAAAGAAGGUCAUGAGUCUAUUCCGUCUAUUAAGCACCAAAGCAGAUGUCAUCAAAGGAUUCGCAAAGAGGUGCAAUGAGCAGUGGGAGGUUGCACCCCGCAGCGAGAUUGGCUUGUAUCUGGGUGAUAUCCAGGAUCAUAUUGUGACCAUGACCGCAAACUUGAGUCAUUAUGAGACAUUAUUAUCCCGCGCACACAGCAAUUACCUUGCUCACGUCAACAUCCGCAUGAACGAGCGUCAGGAGAAGACUUCAGACAUACUGGGUAAGCUCACCGUCUUGGGUACCAUUGUUCUCCCCAUGAAUGUUGUCACUGGAAUAUGGGGAAUGAAUUGUCUGGUACCUGGUCAAGACAUUGAGAACCUGAAUUGGUUCUGGUGCAUUACCUCCGGCUUAGUAAUGUUUGGGCUCCUUUGCUAUCUCAUCGCUAAACGCGUUUACGGCAUUGUGUAG